AUGUUUAAAAUAGGAGAUGGAUGUUUUUAUGGAUGUUCAUCAUUAAUAUCAAUUAAUACACCAACACCAAUUAAUGAAAUAGGAAGUAGAUGUUUUGAAUACUGUUCAUCGUUAACGUCAAUUAAUAUACCAUCAUCAGUUAAAUCACUUGGAUAUCAUUGUUUUUAUGGAUGUUCAUCAUUAACAUCAAUUAAUAUACCAUCAUCAAUUAAUGAAAUAGGAGAUGAUUGUUUUAAUGGAUGUUCAUCAUUAAAAUCAAUUAAUAUACCUUCAUCAGUUAUAUCAAUAGGAUAUUGGUGUUUUUAUGAAUGUUCAUCAUUAACAUCUAUGAAUAUAGAUAAUUUACAAUUUAUUAGUGAAGAUAGAAUAUUUAUGAAUGAACCAGUACUAGUUAGUGUUCAAAUACCAGAAAAUCUACAAAUAAUCAAUGGAAAGAAUAUUGAAAAGAAAGAUAUUAAUAAAUUUAUUAUUCCAUCUUCAAUUACUAAAUUAGGAAAUGCAUGUUUUAAUGGAUGUUCAUCAUUAAAAUCAAUUAAUAUUCCAUCAUCAAUAAGUAAAAUAGGACAUGGAUGUUUUGAUAGAUGUUCAUCAUUAACAUCAUUUAAUAUACCAUCUUCAAUUACAUCAUUUGGACGUGGAUGUUUUGAAGAAUGUGGAUGUGAAGAUGAAUUAAUGAAAAAUAAAACAAUACCAAGUUAUUGUUUUGAAUCUGAUGAAAGCUGGUCUGAUUAA